AUGUUACAGGAUGUGACACAAGCAGUAGACAGCGCAAUUCAGCGCCUUCUGACUGUCCCUAGCAGCACAGAUCCACACACACCUCCCAGAAGAGUCUUCACAGUCAUAGACAACACCCCCAAGGCCCCUUCUGGCUCAGGCAGCUCAGGCAACAAGGACUUCUUAGUCCCUAUCAAGGAUGAGCCUGACCCAAAAGGAAAAAGGGUCAAACUGGAGUCACCAGAACCACCUAAAACAACCCCAAACACCUCCUGGGCAAUCCCACACACCCAGGAACACCUUGACCCCAACCCAGAGAAGCCCUUCAUCAGGCCAACACCUGUAGAUCUCCCAAGCACAUCUCAAGCAGCAACAAGUAGCCCCCUAAGGGAAGGAUAUCUAUCAGCACAAACAGGAGAAAUAAAUGAAGAAAAGGAGGCAAGAAUGCUACACAACAUUGCCAUCAUCACAGGCAGAGCCUUAUCUGUCCCACUCCAGAGCACCUUCAGGGGACUGUCCCAAACUCCUGGCCCUGCUCAAGCAAAAUCAAAAAUCCCUGCUCCUGAGAAGUAUGAUGGCAAGAAGGGCCCUGCAGCCAAAUCAUCUACCCUGGAUUGCAAAACCUACUUCCUUAGCAAUGCUUCCUCAUUUCCUUCUGAUCACAGUCAAAUCUCCUUUGUCCUCAUGAACCUAAAGGAUGGACAACCCAAGAAGUGGGGACAGAUCUAUUUAGAGAAGCUGCUAAAUGGGGAUGAUAAGCCAACCCUGAAAUCCUGGAAUACAUGUGAAACAGCAUUCAUGUGCAACUGGAGCAAUCCAGCAGCAGCACAAAUUGCAGAACAAUAG